GCGCGGGCCGCGCCCUCCCGCCUCCAGGCGCUCCCCAUGCACCUGCCGGCCUGCGCCCCAGCCAUGGCCGACGGCAGCUUCUCGCUUGCCGGCCACCUGCUCCGCAGCCCGGGAGGAAGCACCUCCCGGCUGCACAGCAUCGAGGCUAUCCUGGGAUUUACCAAGGACGACGCGAUCCUCGGUUCCUUCUCUGCGGAGCCCGGCGCCCGGGGCGCGAAGGAGCGGGAUAGGAGGCCGGGCGUGCGGGCCGCCUGCCCCAAGGCGCCCGGGGGAAGCGGCGAGCCCUCCCCGCAGCCUGCCCCCGCGCCUGCUCCAGAGUACGAAGCCCCUCGACCCUACUGCCCCAAGGAGCCUGGAGAAGCACGGCCGAGCCCCGGGCUGCCCGUGGGUCCCGCCACCGGGGACGCGAAGCUGUCGGAGGAGGAGCAGCCCAAAAAGAAGCACCGGCGGAACCGCACGACCUUCACCACGUAUCAGCUGCACGAGCUGGAACGCGCGUUCGAGAAGUCUCACUACCCUGACGUGUACAGCCGCGAGGAGCUGGCCGGCAAGGUCAACCUACCCGAAGUCCGCGUCCAGGUGUGGUUCCAGAACCGACGGGCCAAGUGGCGGCGGCAGGAGAAGCUCGAAGUGUCGUCCAUGAAGCUGCAAGACUCGCCCCUCCUCUCGUUCAGCCGCUCCCCGCCGUCGGCGGCUCUGGCGCCCCUCGGGGCGAGCCCGGGCGGGGGCGGCGGGCCGGCGGGGGGCGCCCUGCCGCUCGAGUCGUGGCUGGGGUCACCGCUGCCCGGCGGGGGCGCCACCGCGCUGCAGAGCCUGCCGGGCUUCGGGCCGCCGGCGCAGAGCGUGCCCGCCAGCUACACGCCGCCGCCGCCGCCGCCGCCGCCGCCCUUCCUGAACUCCCCGCCGCUGGGCCCCGGCCUGCAGCCCCUCGGGCCGCCGCCGCCCGCCUACCCGUGCGCGCCCGGCUUCGGGGACAAGUUCCCGCUGGACGAGGCGGACCCGCGCAACAGCAGCAUCGCGGCUCUGCGCCUCAAGGCCAAGGAGCACAUCCAGGCCAUCGGGAAGCCGUGGCAGGCCCUCUAG